CUCACUCCAUCUGAUCUGAUCUCCUCUUCCCCUGAAUUUUGCAGUAGGAACCCAAACUGUUAGCCAACUGCAAUCCUCCAUAACCGCGGCCUGCCUUCGCCGAUUUUUUUCUGCGACUCUGCAUCCGGGUUGCAGCCGACCAUUCGAGCGCACAUUCGGAUAGGUGAGGAUGAUCGUAGUAGGUGGAGGUUGGCGCUGGAUGGGAACAAGUGUGGAGAAGAUGGCAGAGGGAGGAGAAGAGGACAUACCAAGAGAUGCGAAAGUUGUAAAGACACUGCUUAAAUCAAUGAAUGUUGAUGACUACGAGCCUCGUGUUGUGCAUCAAUUUUUAGAACUGUGGUAUCGUUAUGUUGUUGAUGUUCUAACAGAUGCACAAGUCUACUCGGAACAUGCUGGGAAGUCUACAAUUGACUCUGAUGAUAUUAAGCUCUCGAUUCAGUCUAAAGUCAAUUUUAGUUUCUCGCAACCUCCACCUCGAGAGGUGCUACUCGAGUUGGCAAGGAAUAGAAAUAAGAUCCCGUUGCCGAAAUCAAUAGCAGGGCCUGAAAUUCCUCUUCCUCCAGAACAGGAUACCUUGAUCAGUCCAAAUUACCAAUUGGCUAUUCCAAAGAAGCGAAGCCACCCAGUAGAAGAAACUGAGGACGAUGACGAAGGUGUUGAUCCUACCCCUACUCCUAAUCCCAAUCCCAAUCCCAAUCCCAAUCCCAAUCCCAAUGCUUCCCAAGACCGUAGAGAUUUGCCCCAAGGCACCCCACAGCGAGUAUCUUUUCCGAUUGGGGCUAAACGUCCAAGAUAAGUUAGUUUUUGUACAAAAGGAUGAAUUCUCCGCAAUGGUCUCCCUAGCGAAGAGUACUUUCCAUAUAUGCAUUACUCUAGUUGACUUGAGUAUGUAUUUUUGCACUUGAUGCGUAGAAUGUUCUUAUUUGAAAUUGAGCUAUCUCGCUAUAAAACGAUGUCUACGAAGCUCUCCCUCGGCAUUGCUCCAAUGUAGUUUCGAUGUUAUUUAAGAAUUAGAAAAUUGGUCUUCUGCUAUGCAGUCGGAGUGAGCUUUUUCAUUUGCUUCCUGCUAUAAAGGACUGGCCUGUACUUUUUUUA